ACCCCUAUACCCUUCCCUCACCCUGCUCCAUUAACCCUACACAAAACUCCACCAUAACUCCCACCUCCUCCCCAACCCCAUUCAAAAUUCCCAUUUUCAUAACGUUUAACCCCCCCCCCAAUCUCAUACUCUCUUUUACCAUUUCCCCAAUUUUGAUGUUCUUUUAGACCCUUCUCUUCUUCAAUUCUUCAUGGCGCUUACCCGUAAAGACAUGGAUCGGAUCAAGGGUCCAUGGAGCCCUGAGGAAGACGAUGCCCUUCAGAGAUUGGUUCAGAAGCAUGGCCCACGCAACUGGUCUCUCAUCAGCAAAUCCAUUCCUGGCCGUUCUGGUAAGUCCUGCCGCCUCCGCUGGUGCAAUCAGCUCUCUCCUCAGGUCGAGCACCGCCCCUUCUCCCCGGAGGAGGAUGAGACUAUUAUCAGAGCUCAUGCUAACUUCGGUAACAGAUGGGCUACUAUUGCUCGCCUUCUCACGGGUCGGACGGAUAACGCUGUCAAGAACCACUGGAAUUCCACGCUAAAGCGAAAGUGUUCGUUGAUGAUGAAUGAGGGAUAUGAAGUCGAUCCGAACGUACAACCUAUGAAGAAGUCAGUCAGCGCCGGCGCUGCCGUCAACGCUUCGAACGGACUCUACAUGAGCCCUGGAAGUCCAUCGGGAUCUGACAUAAGUGAUUCAAGUGUUCCUGUUGUAUCUCCAACCGUCUACCGCCCUGUUGCCAGAACAGGCGGCGUUAUACCUCCAGGAGAAUCAGCGCCGUCUUCCGCCACCGACCCGCCGACGUCGCUGUCUUUAUCUCUCCCUGGAGUCGACAGCUCGAGACACAGCGGAAGUGGGUCAACGGCGCAGGUACCUCUAAUGGCGGCAUUUGCUCAAAUACAGAGCAUGACGACAACAGAGCAGGUUAGAACGGCGCAGCCCAGUGGUGGGGCGGGUGAGAAAAUAAAUGGGUUUGGAGUUUUCAGCGCAGAUUUAAUGGCGGUGAUGCAAGAGAUGAUAAAAUCAGAAGUGAAAAGCUAUAUGGAAGGGUUAUCGGAGCAGAGAGGAAGAAGAUGUUUUCAAGAAGCUAAAGCUGGUGGGAUUAAGAACGUUAGCUUUUAAGAAAAACUGUGAUUCAUCAUCAAGAUUACAACUCUUUAAAACGAAAAUUGUUAAUUAGAAUUUGGAGGGGAAAUUAGAAGAAUGAUGAUUACCAGUUAGUUACGAUUCAUUCUCGAGGUUCGAAAGAGAUAGAGAGAAUGAGAAAACACAGUAACAUAAAUGUGUUUUAGUAUGGGAAGAACAAAGAAGGAACAAAAUCUGGGAAUUUGGUGGUUUGGUUUCUUUCCAAUUUUAAACUCUUUUUAAUUGUAGUUUCUGAAGGAAAUAAUAAUCUAGUGAAUGUACAUAGAAAGAAAAGGGAGGGAAGUUUCCACUUCCAUUACAAAACAAGGGAAGUUGAACAAAGGAAUAGAGGUAAAGUUGGGAAGAAAUAUGAAUGAAUAUGAUGGACCCCUAAAACUGGAAAAAAAGUUUGGACUUUUGAAACUAUUACAACACUUACCUUUCAUUCUUGA